AUGAAACCCGACAAUCUCCCAUCACUUUCCAACUCUCAAUUAUUGUCAAAGGCGCCCAAACUCUCACUCCCCCCUCUUUCCACCCCACUCAAUCUCGCUCCCAUCUCUCUUCACUCUCUUGACGCCACACCCUCUCAAUUACUCAAACAAAAGUCAAGCGAGAGUCAAGCGCUUCCUUCCUUCUUUGGCAACUCCGAACGGGCAAAGGCCGUUCCGGUUGCGAAGCCAAAGACGAAACGAAAGAAUGCUGUUCUAGAAGAAAUGGAAGAAGAGCCGACUGAGAUGCAUUAUGAAUUAAGAAAACGAAGUCGACAGCCCUCUGCUUUAAUAGAUGAAGAUGAUGACAUUGACGAAACGCUUGAGAAAAAAAAGAAAGAAAAGACGUAUGAGAAUGGGAUACCCGAUAGUAUCGGCCAACCGAAGAUCUUAGACAAAAUCAUUGGCAUCAAAGAGGAGAAUUCCCAGAGAUUUGUUCUAGUGAAGUGGCGAGGGAUGUCGUACCUCCACGUCGACACGUUACCGGAGAAUGUCUUUCUGACGAUGGACGGCAAUGUGAAUGCGAACAAACAAAAGAUCAAGCGCUUUCUUCAGAAGAAAAAGGAAGAAGAAGAGGAAAUGAUACCUCAAGAGUAUACGACGAUCGAUCGAGUCAUCUCGAUGAGUAAAGACAAAACGCGCUGUUUAGUGAAGUGGCAGAAACUUGGGUAUAACGAGGCGACGUGGGAGAACACGGAGGAGAUAACGGAGAAUGACGGGAGUAAAAUAGAGGAGUAUUACCGGUAUAACAACUAUCAAUUUGUCCAACCGUUAAAGGAGCGAGUGUGGAAUAAGAAGAUAGAAUCACCGGUAUAUAAGAACAAUAACACGCUUCGAUCGUAUCAAUUAGAAGGGCAUAAUUGGAUGGUAUAUAACUGGUGUAAAGGGAGAGGUUGUAUUUUGGCUGAUGAGAUGGGGCUUGGGAAGACAGUCCAAGUUGUUACGUUUUUGGAGCAUCUCCAUUCGUAUCAGAAGUUACAUGGACCGUUUUUAAUAGUAAUGCCGUUGGGAAUGGUAGAACACUGGCAUCGAGAGAUCUCGGAAUGGACUGAUUUGAAUGUCAUAUUGUACUCGGGGAGUAAAGAGAAUAGGAAAUUGGUGAAGAAGUAUGAGUGGUUCUAUACGGACGAAGAAGGGAAUAAAAAUACAAAUCAAACGAAGUUUAAUGUCAUGGUAACGACUUACGAAACUUUAAUAGCAGAUUUUGAAGAUCUCCAACAGAUCAGCUGGUUUGUGGUAGUCAUCGAUGAGGCACAACGACUCAAAAAUAAAGACUCGAAGUUACUCAAGACGUUAAGCUCGUUGAAGACAGACCACAAGAUCUUGUUGACGGGAACACCUAUACAAAAUAAUUUGGGAGAACUGUGGACACUCCUCAACUAUAUUGAACCAAAAAAGUUUGGGUCGUUGGAGGAGUUUGAUAAAAUGUACGGGAAUAUCGAUAACAACCCGGAACAAGUCACUGAAUUGCAAAAGAGCAUUAAACCGUUUCUGCUGAGAAGAGUCAAGUCGGAUGUCGAGAAGUCGAUACCCCCGAAGGAAGAGACUGUUAUAGAAGUAGAACUGACAAUGGUGCAGAAACAAUAUUAUCGAGCUCUGUAUGAAAAGAAUCGAGAGUUUCUGAAUAAAGGGUGUGUUGGAAGUAACAUGCCAAAUCUGCAGAAUUUAAUGAUGCAACUGAGAAAGGUGUGUAACCACCCCUAUUUAAUUAGUGGAGUGGAGGAAAAGGACACUGCACAGUUUGCGGAGAACAGCGAGGAAUACUUCAAACAACUUAUUAAGUCAUCGGGGAAGCUUGUGUUACUGGACAAGUUGUUACCGAAGUUGUACGAAGACAAACACAAAGUGUUGAUAUUUAGUCAGUUGAAAAAGGUGCUGAAUAUCAUCGAGAAAUAUUUGAAAUACAAAGGAUACUUGUAUGAACGACUUGAUGGAAGUAUUCGAGCGCUGGACCGACAGAAUGCGAUUGAUCGAUUUAUGAAUCCCGAGAUGAAUAAAUUUGUGUUUCUCUUAUGCACGCGAGCGGGAGGAUUUGGUAUCAAUUUGAGUGAGGCGGACACCGUUAUCAUCUACGACAGCGACUGGAACCCCCAAAACGAUUUACAAGCGCAGGCGAGGUGUCAUCGUAUUGGACAGAAGAAGGAGGUGAAGGUGUAUCGACUUGUAUCGAAGAACACGUAUGAGAGAUACAUGUUUGAACGAGCGUCAAAGAAACUUGGGUUGGACCAGGCGGUGCUUGCAAAUGUGACGUCUUCGAAUGACUCGAAAGAGAAAACGCAGUUGAGUAAAGCGGAGAUUGAGAGUUUGUUAAAGUAUGGAGCGUAUGGGGUGUUCAAAGAUGAUGAGGAGUCUUCGUCGAAGUUUUGUGAGGAAGACAUUGAACAGAUUCUUGAAAAGAGGUCGUCGAAGGUUGUUUGGAAAGGCGACAGUGUGACGGGUGGUUCUUUUUCGACUGCGACGUUCCAAGUCGAGGCGGACGCUGUUGAUGUGAAUGACAAGAACUUCUGGGAGAAAGUCCUACCGCGGAACAUGAGUGUGAGUGAAUUGAGCAAAGAGUUCAGUGAUAUCUUUGAAGGACGUGGUGGGAGAAGUGCGGAGAAGAAACGCAAAGUGUGGAUGGAAGAGAAGAAAGAUGAGUUUAUGAAAGAGAUAUUUGGGCAUAUUGACACGAUAGUUGGGGAGUAUGAGAGCAAAGGGAAGAUCAGUAGUGAGCGUGAUGCCCUCAAUGCGUUGAUUGAAGACAUAUUGAAAUAUUCCGAAUCCUUUGAGACGAGUGAGGUGGAGAGAUUGAAGGGAGGAUUGGAGGGGUUGAAAUUUACACGAUAUCGACGGAGCACCGUGAAUCGGAUAUCGAGUGCGACGAUAGGAGAUGAGUUAACGAAAGACGAAGAGAUAGUUCUUGAGAUAGGGAAGAAGAAAAGGAAGAAAGAGGUGAAGGAGGAGAUGAGUGAAGAGAAUAAACGGAUGUGGUACGAUGCAGUGAUAGACUAUGGACGAAUCAACUGGACGAUACUCAGAGACCGAGCGCGUGUAGGAGAAGAAGUCAAUCAGGAGUACCUGCACGUCAUCAGUGUCCGUUUUCUUCAGAACUGCAUUGGGUCUUGUUCUGAGCAAAAUCUCGAGAAGAAGUAUUUUGUGAAGCUGUUGGUGUGCUUUUAUGAGUUGAAAGGGAAACGUGAGAGCGAGGUCAGUGAGAUAGAGGAAUAUCCUCUUGAGGACGAGUUCCGGUGGAUAGCAAGUAACGUGAAGUCGUGGGGAAACAAACUGAAAUUCAUUAAUCGGCUGUCGACGCUGUUUGAGAAUUCUGCGGACGUUGUUAAAGCACUCAUCGAGAUCCCAAACGAGAACUGCAACUUCAAUCAACUGACAAAGUGGUGGAAUAACGACUGUGAUAAGGACCUUGUCAUUGGGAUCUACAAAUACGGAUUUUCAUGCGGAGAAUAUUUGCAACAAGACAAGAAGUUGUGUUUUGCUGAAAUGAUGCAACAAGACGAAGAAGAUGACCACGGCAAAGAUGAUGAAAGUGAAGACGAAGAUGGGAUUAAUUUUGUCGUUAAACUACCGAAAGAAUUUCCAAACGCAAAAGACCUCGAUAGACAGGGAAGGUCAAUCAUCGCGUGGCUUGACAAGUAUUUGAAAAAGAUGAAAAGAGCUGAUGAUGAUGAUUGA